AUGCCUUUCAGACCUGAACACUCGUUACUGCGGGUGGAAGUGCCAGCGCUGCAAACAAUCGACACUGGCUCCGUUGAGAAUCUGUUCGGCAUGUGGUCGCUAUUCUCGAAGACAUCUCACGCAAUGGAACAUGGCAAGCGGUUAGAGAACUUGAGUUGGCGAUUAUGGAACCGCGAGACCUUUUGUUGCGCUCCAGAAGUGCAAGCCCGAUCGACACGAUGCUCAUUCAAGCCGACGAAAGCAGCCGCGACGAGCAUUCCAAUGCCAGCGCUCUCCAGCAGUCUCGACAGCGCUAUGUCCGACGAACUGGAAGACGCGGAAACGUCAUCAGCACCCGCCACAUGCAUACCAACCGCUCGACCAGAUUUGAGGAGGAACGACUCGGCAUGCAGCACCAGCAGAGGCCGCGAAAAGCAUAUCACACCCGUCGACCUGGAGAAGAUUGUUCUCUCGAUAAAAGAGGCGAGACAGCUAUCACCGAUCGAUUUGCCUAUUGCCAAACCCGCAUCGAAACCAAGUGCCCCACUAGCUGCGCACGCGGCCCAGAAGGCUCCACCACCACAACCAACAAUAAUAGCUUCACGUCCCCGCUGCGAGAAGAGUGAACCGCCUCUACCAAAGAUUGAGGAGUCGCAGCUUACCAUUGAAUCGUCCACUUCGACCGUGGACUCGAACGCCAGCAGCUCUACCGAGAUGCAGAUCGUCGGCUCAGAAAGCAGCUCAAACACUGAAAUGAGCACACACAGCAUCGUCCGUGGUUUCGUACCUGGCGGAGCACCCUCAUCCUAUCGAUCGCAGACGCAUCUUCCUGUUCAUGUGCAACCCACUCCCAUCCUCAAGAACUCACCGUCCUACCGACAUUCCGAAGUGCCUAAGAAGAAGAAAGGUCCAAUGUUCACGAUCGGCACAUCAUCUGGAGAGGAUGAAAGCUCACUCGAGACUCGAUACAGAAGCUCGCUGUCUGAGAGCUUACGACGACCCGAUGGUAGCGAUGGCAGUGCGGGCAGCAAGAAGCAGACGACAUUCAAAGAAGAGGUGGCCAUUGGCAGAGCUGCCGAGCACAGUCCGGUGUUCGAGUCUGACGAUGAAGACGACGAAGUCAGCGAGAGCGCGAUCGAUGAUGACGACGACUCCUCCGAUUGGGAAGACUCGGAUGACCAGAGUGGUCCGUCUUCAGUGAAUGAAAAGGAACUGGUCUUCCAUCGCGUGGACUCGCGGCCGAACCUGACAUCGCGACGAUCUAUGCUCACUACUCUCAUGACCGAGCCAGAUCGUGCAAAAGCGCUGCAGAACGCCGCCUCGAGAUCCACACCAGCGUUGCGCCGAUCACGCACAUCUACACCGAAUGGACCUUCUGUUGCCACCUCACCGGAACCAAAUGGGCACCUGAUGCUACCGGGACAAGGACCUCCUCAAACCCAGAAUGAUCGCACACAACCAAUAAUCAUGACGACCUCCAACACUCAUCCACAACAGCUUGCGCUGUCGCCACGAACUACCCGCAGGAACAUGUUGUCCACUGAGCUCACCGAGUCUCUACGAAAGAACCUACUCUGGGAACGACAACACAGGAGUACUGGCAAUCUGGCUGCGCUUCAACGACGACACACAGCCCAAGACAUGACCAAACUCAGGCAACAACCCGAGGCGGUGGCGAUGUCGCAAGGCGAGCACACCAAGAACUUCACCAACGAAUACUUCCACGCUGGUCUCCAGGAGUACCACGCCAAAGGCUGGUGA